AUGGACGGCUUCAACGGCGAAGGGAACGGCUCGGAGUUCAACGUCGGCGCAUCCGGUAAUGGCUCCGAGUUCGACGUCGCCAGAUACAACAACGUCUCCGACUACUACGACGCCCGCCGCACAAGGAACCUCUUCUCCCUGGAGCCGCCGGGCUCCGGAUCCGGUGCCUACAACUCGUACACAUCCGUGCCGCAUCCACUCUCGUCGUCAACCAUCCCGUCCCCAGGCCAGCUGCGUAUGUCUGGGCUCAACGUCAACGCAAGCGAAGGUUGGCCACACAUCGACGCCUACGAAGGCAUCCUUCGCUCCGGCGACCAAGCGGGCGGAAUCGGCAGCAGCCUGGGCCCCCCUCCCGUCCACAUGCCUGCCAGCAGCGGUGAGGUGCACACGGCUCUCAUGCAUCGUCAGCGCCGACCUGCAUCCAGGUUGCGCGGUGCCCGUCGUCGCGGCGCGGGUCAUGCAGUGGCCGACGACAACAACCCUCCCGUCUCGGGGAAGCAAGACUGGCUGGAACUCAAAGAUGGAUGGCCAAAAUACAUUGAUGAACUGGACCGCAUGUUCACCGGAGUUGCCGUGAACGGAGAAACCUCAUUUGUUCCUAGGGUGAGCCGCCGCCUUCACUACGUUAGCAGCGGCGAAGAAGAAGAUCAUGACCAGGUCACCCCUCUGAGCUGUGCGACCCCAGUCAGCUCUGGAAGCAAGAGGAGCAGCAGCACUCGCAGCAGUGCAUCAUCUCCCAGCAAGAAGUCCAAGAGCGCAGCUGUUCGGUCCAUGGAUGCCAACAUGAGCAGGUUCAACUCCAGUUAUGAGAUCAGGACCGUAAUGAUGCAAAACUGCUGGAAGGAGAGACAGCAGCAGGUUGCGGCUCUUGAUGAGGAGAAGAACAUCAAGAAACAAGAACAGAAAUUGGUUGCGGCUACAGCAAGAGAGGUUGGGGCGCACAAGAUACAAGGGCUGUGGGUUGGUGUGAUCAAUAUCUGCAAAGAUGACGAUGCCAGGAAUGUCUUCCUCGAAACACCCGUGGAAGCAAGGCUUGAAGUCAUUAAGCACUAUGCUGGGGAAGUUGUUGAUCAAGUUGAUGCUCAAUUGGACGAUGACGACGACUGGUGGGAGGAGUUUUGGAAUAUGCUGCUAGAAGAUGAUGAUGAAGCAACAUUUAUCUAUGGUACGUAUGACUACGCUAUACAUCUGGACAAGUAUUGCAAUAGAGCUGCGUAUAGGAACCCAGCUUAUACUGGUGAGGAAUGGGUACAAAACAAGCUUGCCAAUGAAACUGCCUGCUACAACAUGUUUAGAAUGACUCCCCAAAUGUUUUAUAGUCUGCAUAGUUUGUUGACUACAAACUAUGGCCUCACAUCCUCAACCAAGUGUACCUCUAUUGAGGCUCUAGCAAUGUUCCUUUGGAUACUUGGGGCUCCACAAUCAGUUAGGCAAGCAGAGGACAGAUUUGAGAGAUCACUAGGCACUGUGCACAACCUUUUUUACAAAGUCCUCAGCAGUGUGUUAGACCUAUCUGCAGACAUCAUUAAACCUAGGGACCCAGAUUUUACAACAAUGCAUCCUAGGGUCCAGAAUGUUAGCUUGUUAAACUUACAGGUACUUACUGCUGUAGAGAAGUACUACCUGGUGGACUCGGGGUAUGCAAACCGCCUCGGGUUUCUGUCUCCUUACCGGCAGACCAAGUAUCACAUCCAAGACUUUCAAAACGCCCCCGAACCACAAGGUAUUAAGGAGAUAUUCAAUUAUGCGCAUUCAUCUCUUAGAAAUGUCAUCGAAAGGGCGUUUGGAGUGUUGAAGAUGAAGUGGCGCAUAUUGUUUAACAUCCCGUCGUAUCCACCUGAGACACAGACACAUAUAAUAGUUGCAUGCAUGGCGUUGCACAACUUCAUCAGGAUCAAUGGUGGCUUUGAUGGUGACUUUGGUAUGCUAGACAGCAAUGUAAACUAUGCGCCUGUUGAAGCAUAUGUGGAUCAGCCUGAGAUAGAGCCUGCUCCAGACAGUGCGGACAUGGAAAGCAUGAAUGCAUUCCGAGACAGGCUGGCUCAUUAUUUGUUUAAUAGGUCGUGA